UCCACUUUGAUGAACACAGCACAGCGAUUCCGUCUCUCUAUCUUUGUUCCUAAAUCUACUCAGAGUCCUGGAAGCAUUACUUCAAAUACUAUGUCAAGAGCCACCCAGCUUUCCCAAGCCCGCGCGAGCGUCGACAGCAAACAAUGCAUGUCAAUUUACGAAAAAUGGGCUUCCACCUACAACGACGACCUUGCCGAGUCGACCGGUAACUACGUCGCUCCGGUCCUCGCUGCCCAAGCUGCUCUUCGCUUUGGUUCAGACAACCCCGCCAAGGCUGUAAUCUUGGAUGCCGGUUGUGGAACCGGGCUCGUGGGACAAGCUCUCUCGCGGGGUGGCGCAACCAUCAUCGAUGGCGUCGAUCUAUCUCCGCACAUGCUGAAGGUGGCGGAAAAGACUGGCGCAUAUCAGAAUCUCACUGUUGGAGAUCUGACCCAGCCGAUCGAUGCGCUAGAAGAUUUCUAUGACAUUGUCAUGUGCGUCGGUACCUUUACACAUGGCCACGUCGGCCCUGACCCUGCAUUGAGGGAGUUUGUCAGGGUUGCCAAGAGAGGCGGUCUCAUUGUUGCAACCAUCAUUGACGAGCUAUGGGUAUCAGGAGGAUUCAAAGCGGAAGUCGAGAAACUGGAAGCGGAGGAUCUAAUCAGGGUCGUUAGCAUGGAGCUCGAAGACUAUGUGAAGGGGCGCGGGGACAAAGCAACACUGGUCAUUUUGGAGAAGAACAGCACUGCUUAGCGAACACGAGGCAAGGCUAUCCUAUUGCAGCGAGUGCCGAAUGGGAGAGGGAUGCGUAAUUGUCCCAGGAUCGGAUCUACGUAGAUUGGUAAAACCCAUCGAAUUGGAUGCUUGUUUUAGUUCUUUUGACAAGAUUUGCGCAAACAUAUGAAUAC